UCAAAGGGCACACAAGCUACCGUAUAACGCCACGUCUAUAUGCAGUGUGUAAAUGCACUGUCGUAUGACGUUUCGGGGUUAACAUAUUAGCAGAACAAUUGUGGCCUUGCUAUUUCCUCUCCUUACCACAAUCAUAUAGAGGUUCGACAAAAUGUCAUCCUCACAACAACAUGGAGAAGCAGGAGGAGGGGGUGCACCACCGAUGUAUUUUUGUCAUAUGUGCAGUAUAGAAAUACGACCGUUGAUGACUCCACAACCUACUUGUCCGAGAUGCAAUGGUGGAUUUGUUGAAGAAGUUGAUUCUUCUCAAGACGUAAGAGAAGAAGAAGGUAUAACAGCAACUGCAAACGAACAAUAUUGGUCAAAUGGCCCUGCUGGCAUUCAUGAUCAAGGACCGGGUUUGGAUAUCGGAUCUUUCAUGACUACAAUCUUGCGAAAUUUAGCAGCUGGUGGUCAAGAUGCUAGGGGGACAACUUCAUCUGAUACGCCAAAUCGAUCCUCAUCUCCACAAGAGCCAGAAACUGACCCAUUGACAGGAGGAACAUACACGCAAAAUGAUCAGGCAGGAUCAUCAUCUAGCACAAACAAUGGAAGCCGUUUUAGAACUGGAACGACUCGGCUUGGUCCAUUAAAUGUGACUUGGGGUAUGGGAUCGCAUACAAUGCAAGGUGGUAGUGGAAUUGGCGGCUCAGGUUUUAGUACAUUUGGAACAAGAAGAAAUCCGCCUGAUGAUCAUCUCGAGCCCGUUCAUGAUGAUGGAAUGGGUGGAGCAGGAGGUGCUGCUGAUGGACGAUUCUUCAAUCAUGACAACAAUAAUGACAAUCACGGCGGUCGUAUGCCAGGCUCUGUGCCAUCAUCUGACGAGCCAGACCUUCCACCAGAGCUACAGUCUUUACGUGAAGUGUUUUCCAAUCUGUUUGGUGGUAUAAAUGAUGGUCCAGCGGGAAUGCUAGUGGACUUAUUCGGAAACGCAUUCAGAGGUAGAUCUGGUGAUUAUGUUUGGGGUCAGCAAGGUUUAGAUGAUGUGAUUUCACAAUUGAUGGAGCAAACAAGAGGAUCUACAGCUCCGCCACCUGCAAGCGAUGAAGCUAUUGCCAAAUUGGAAAAGUUCAGCCGAAGGGAGAUCGAAAAAGUUCGCCAGGCUCGAAAUAGAGAAUGUUCAACAUGCAUGGACAGCUUUGAAGAUGAAGAAUCUGCACCUGCCCAUGAUGCAUCAAAAGAUUCCAAUCUUCCUACCGGUAUAGCACCAUCAAGUGAAAUGGACGUUGAUGAUCCUCCAGAAUCUGCUCCUGGAGAAGGUCAACAGGAUGAACUCGUCAUGAUGCCUUGCAAGCAUUUGUUCCACGAAGAUUGUCUGAUUCCUUGGCUGAAGAACAGUGGAACUUGCCCAGUCUGUCGAGUCAGCUUGGAGCCAAAGAAGGCAACAGAGGAUCCAAGUCAGACAAGUACCGGAUCUUCCGCCGGUCCCUCUUCUACAACGAUGUUUGUACCCGGCACAUCAGGUUCAGCACAAUUGAAUACACAUCCGAAUCGCCCAAUUUCAUCUACAGGUAUCAUACAAGAAAGAGAAGACACCGACGUCGAAGAUGAUGAUGACAUCGAUGACGAAAGCCCAAAUCAAAGACGAGAACGAAUGCGAAGAGCGGCAGAAGCCCGAGCUCAUGGUGGUAGCUCAGGAGCCGUACCGGGUUCUUUUCCUGAACCAGAUGAUCUAGAUUGAACUCUCAUUGCUUUCACCGCUUCAAUUUUACCAUUCAUUAUCACAAUUGUAUAGAUUAGUAUAAUUAACAUUUUAGAUAAACUACUGAUAUGCUACAUAUUCUCAACAACGUGUUCAUGAUGUUCCAAAGACGAGAUCGGAUCGUAAGACCCAUUUGGUGCCUUUUGUAGGCGGUAAGGCUUCGUGUAGCAUACAUGCC